AUGAAUGAGUAUGGAUUGAAGAGAAUACCAGAUUAUACAGAACUGGCUUAUAAAGAGGCUGUGUCUAAAUUAAGAUACUUCUUGUCUGGAAACUAUGCACCAAGUGUCCGAAGCUAUGGCGGUUCGGCGUCCAUCAAGAACCUGGAUGAAUCAGACGGCGAUAUGGAUAAGAAGUACACCAGUUCUUAUACCCUGGCGGAACACAAGCCACGUCCGAGGCUCACGGCUAAGUAUACGACGUUGUAUGCAGAUAGCCUUAAUACACCGCAUUAUACACCACAUCACACCACUACAGCUGUUCCACCACCUCCAGCCGCCGCGUCCACAGCUGGUGCAGACCUAAGCGGUGGCACAAGCCCUGAUGUCAUCAACUUUAUUCAGAAACAAGAAGAGUACAUCGAACAGCUAGAGAGAGAAAGUCAAUACUGCAGGGAUGAGCUCAACAAUCUUCUUGGCAAAGUAAAAGAAGUCAUAUCAGAGAAUGAACACCUUCACGAAGCACAAAAGAACAAAUUGAUCUCUCGCAUGUUCCACUCCUAUGCCGGUUCUGAGAGUGAUGAGCUGGAUGACCUGGGAGACAGUACUGGUUUGGAUAGUGAUAAUAAGGUAACUCCAUCAAAAGGUCGCAGAUCCACCAAGUCCCGUUCCACCAAACUGGAAGGUCCCAACAUCGUGUUUGAAUCUCGAAUUGCAGAGUUAGAAGCUCAACUCACACAAGCGAAUAUUGAUUUGAAGAAAGUUCAGGAAGAAAAUAAUGAGAACAAGCGCAAGCUGGCUUCUGGGCUCGUUGAUUCAACUUGCCUUGAUGGCUUCAAGCGGCAGAUUGAGAAUCUACAAAGAGAUAAAUCGUCCCUGGAAACCCAAAUCUCGAAACUUAAGCUCAGCUUGGAACAGAAAGACGACGACGGCAGAUACAAGCGGGGUUCUGACGUAGUGGAACAACAGCUUAGAGAUGAGCGAAAUAACUUGGAAACUGAACUUAGGAGGCUCAAGGAUGAGUUAGCCAAAGAGCGCAGCAAAGUCCGUGAGCUGGCCGGUGAAGGAGCUCGCCGCGCUAUUCAAGAACGGAGUGCGGCCGAACAACGUUACAAUGCUCACUUCGACGAGCUGCAACAUGACCUGGCGGCUCAGUAUGACAAUGUUGCAAAAUUACAGAUGGAUUUGGAACGUCAACGUCGCGAGGAGAAUGAGUUGAAGCGAGAGAUCUCCAUGAAGAAUGCGGCCAUUGACGAGCUGAAGAUGGAACUGAAGAACAAAAUAUCAUCAUUGCAAGCGGACCUGGCUCAAGCUCACGCUGAAAAGGCUUCUCUUGAUGAAGAGUUAGCCAGCGCCCGCCUCGCAAUAGAACGUAACCAAAGACAAGCGAAGCACGAAGCUAAUAGACUCAACUCUGAGAUUCAAUCUCUUCGUCAACGCCUGGAUCGCGCUGACGCAGAUUUAGUUCAUUCACGUCGUGAGAAUCUACGCCUGUCUGAACAGAUCGCUAAUCUUGAGAAAGAGCAAACAAUGAAGAAUCUUACUCCCAUAUCUCCGGAGAAGAACAAAAAAGAAAAAGAACUAUCUAGCGUGUUGGAGUCGAUGGAGAAUAAACACGGCAGAGCGCAGAGUCGCAGCCGAUCAGACGAACCAAUCAGAACACAGCGCGACUGUUCAACGUCUCGCGAUCGAGUUCGCCGUUCCAAGCGCCGCUCCGAAAAAGAGUCCGAUUCGUCGAAUAAAUGUCCGCCAAUCAUAAUUGGGCCGUUGACGACAAAUCAGGAUCUCGCUGACACCAAUGGAGAAAAAAUAUACAACCUACCACUUAUGAUACAACAACCCUUUUUACGUGAGAAAAAGGAGCCAAUUAAAGUUGACAUAAGUGUAAAAUUAAUACCUAAAUCAAGGAAGAAGGAGAAGAAAAGACGAGGGGCUCAGGUAGAUGAAAUUGUAGGGCAGGCCGAUGAGUAUAAAGGUGUCAAUAAUAGUAUUAGUAUGGAGGUGUCAGACAGAGAUGUCCAUGUUCUGAAUGAGACGGUAGAAAUUAUAGAAGAACCGAAUAGUGAUGCUAAUGUAGUUCAAGAUGAUUAUAAAUUAAACGAAGACGCUCAGAAUACUGAAAGUAGUAAUGAACCACAGCUAGAAAACGCUUCUACACCACUGGAACCCAAAAAUGAUCUUGAUGACGUUGUUCCUAUGAAAACUGAUGAUAACAUAUUAUUUGAAGAUACUAAAGAGAAUAAUGAUGAACAGGAAGGAUCUGUUUUAAAAUCAGAAAAUACGGAAAGUAUAAUGGAAGAGGCUGUCAAAGAUAAUGAUGGGGAUGGCGAAUGA